AUGGCUGCCUUUUUAUUUUUUAUUCAGAUCAGAGUACGGCGUAAUAUGAACUCUGUUUCACUAAAGCACCACCUCUCUCGCCAUUAUGUUUCUACUUCUACUUCGAUUGUCGAAUACAUUCCAAUCUAUCAUGCAUGGAGGCAAAAAUGGUUUUCUCCUUCUGCUCCCAUUCGCAAAUUUCCUCUGUCUGCCAAACCAAAUAUUAAAUCCAUUUAUAUAUCUGACGAUAAUUCUGAUCCAGCCGAUGGUAUGAACUGGCCUCCGUUUUCGAGGCCACGUCCAGUUCUGCUAUGUAAACCAUCUCAAUCACUUGAACCUUUUUUAGAUCUGGCUAAAAAUCGGUCAUUAGAUACUUUUACCGUUGAAAAGUCAUCUGUAGAAUUAUCAUUUUUAAAAUCAAUCAACAAUCUUUCAAAUUCAAAACAGCCUUUGUUUGAAUCGACAAUCGCUGCCAUCUACCAUGAUGUAGUGGAAGGACUACGCUAUAUAGACGACAAAAACUCUUUUCACUCUGAAAUUCUUGCUAGGUGCUGCGCUAAUUUGAUUUUCGAAUGUGCAAAACCUGGAAAUAAUCAAAGCCGAAUGGAUCUGGCUGCUUCCAUUGCUUUGGCCUUUGUCAAGGACGUGCGCGAUUCAGAUCUAGGCCAGGAAGUCAAAUCUGCAACAAUGGUGUUUGAGGCUCUGGUUAGUGGGUAUGACAAAAAUGAACAACUCUUGGAAAACUACCAAUCAAACUUGAUUCCAAACCAACCAUCGUUGUGGCUAUUUAUGCUUCAACUUUUCGAGGGAAACGCCAACAUCACUGUCGCACUGAAAAUAUUUGACAGUAUGAUGCAUACGCUGCAAAACUCAGCUCCUGCAAAAAAUCACAUUAUCAUGCUAAAAAUAAUGCUAUCUAACGUAGACUACCAGAAAUUCCACAAGAGAAUCGAUAGCUCCCUUUCAGCUAUUGCAACUAUCUUUGAACAUUCAAAUAGCAAUACUACGAGGCCAGAAAAAAUCGAUACAGCUGUCAUACUACUGGAAAAUACCUACAUUUUAGAAAGUAUUUCUGACAUUUUCGAAAAACUAGUCUCAUGGGAUGUAUUAGACGAUCCUCGUGUGCAAGUCGGACUACUAGAUUCUGCUAUGCGACUCGACAAUCUUUGGAGAAAGAACAUUAGGUCAAAAUUUGACGAGCAUAUAGCCGAAAUGCUUAAAGUAGAACAAGUAAAAUUGGAAAUGUGUUUGCAUUGGUUUAGAAAACUGAAUCGCUAUGGUGUGGUCGUAACAGAAGAUGCAGCGAAUCUGAUUGUAAAAAAGUUUGUUGACGCUAAACUCACAAGACACGGACUGGAAUGGGCCAUCGCAGAGAUUAUCUUAUACGGAUCAAAGGUUUACACAAACACUAUACUGUUGUUGUUGAAUGACUUUGGUAUAGACAGCACGUUUUGCAUAUCAUCGCAAGCAUCAGAUUCAAAAUUACUAGAUACACUAUGGAAUCACUAUAUAUCACAGACGCAACGUAGUUCUUCAUUACCUACAUCAGUUGUGUCUGAAUUUGCACGGGCUUAUGGUCGAAUCGGUAAUGUUGAGCAAUUGAUAGAAAAACUCAAAAUUAUUUUUCCUUAUCAGCCUACAUCUCAAUCAAUACGUCUUACACUCGAAGGCAAUGACAAGGAGGUUCAAUCAAAAGAAUGUGCAGAUCUAGAUCUACGCGAAUUUGCAAACGAGAUAAUGACAGUAGUGUACUCUCGUUCUUUUCAAUCUGUCAACAGCGACAUCUCUACCUGGGAAUCUAUUCGUGAUAUCAUUGGACCAAGUCAUGUAUCUCCUUUGCAGUUGCUCAAGUCAAUCAAAGUAAAAAUGUCACUUACAAAUGACAUACAGCGGAUUAUGACCAUUAUAGUUUUAUCUCGCCCGUCACUAUUGGGCGACAUAUAUCAAGUAGAGUCGAUGCUAUAUGAAAUUAUGACUAUCUGUCGAGUAGAUAAUACCAAGGCUUUGACAUUUGGACUGAACAGUGUAUCAGACUAUCACCUAGGUUUUGAAAUGCUUUCCGAGAUGGAUCAUACCUUGACUGGCGCUAUCACUAGUAAGUCUAUAUUAAAAAGCAUCGCCAGAACUAUUGUUACUUUAAAUCACGACGUGUAUACUGGUAGCGAUGUAGAUGAUGCAAUUAAUGCAUUGCAAAAAAUCUAA